CAUUUUGAAAGCGUGUUUUCCUACGCUGCUUGAGCACAGAAGGCAAACAAACUGUGUGCGCAGGAUUUGAUAUGGAAGUUUUCUGAACCUUUAAUUAAACUCAUGGACGAACUUAUUGAUGGAUUCAGUGAGCCAUGUGGUCAGUGCGCCGCUGUGGAAUGGGGAGUUUCAGAUGGGGGUCACUUCUUCUGCAAGAACUGCCACAAUGUGAUCGAGAAAACAAGGGAGGUGGUGGAUUCCACCGCCCUUUAUUGUAAAUACAGCAGGAUCUCACAAAUAAAGAAACCCAAGAGAAAGAGAUCGGAGGAUGAACGAGAGUGGAUGGUGUGUGAGGGAUUUCAGUUCAUCCUGAAACUUCAGGCCAAGGCUUUGGUCAGUCUUGGUGUUUGCAUGAAAUUUGAGACAGAAGUUCUAUGGAAUUUCUGGAAGAAAUACCUGCAGAACACACGGCAAGCUUUCACCGAAAAUGCAGUAUACACUCCAAGAUUUACAGUGUACAUGAAGCCGAAGAGUGAGCCAGAGUCUGACACUCAGAGCGAGCUGUCAUUUCACAGUAGUGCGGUUUCUUCUUCAGAAACAGAACUGUCAGCCUCGGGUGACACCACUGAUGUACAGUCAUCAUCAUUAUGUUCAGAAGCUUACCAACAUACAUGCACUCUUAUGAACAUGCCACGGACACUGGCCCUGUGCUAUCUGGCUCUGCUGUGGGUCCGAGAGGCCAUCACUCUGGGUGACUUACUGAGGCUGGUCUCAGAGAGACGUGUCCCUUAUAUGGACAUUCAAGAGGCUUUUCCAGAGGAGAUGAGACUGUUUGGAAAAGAUGUCCAUAUCUUUCAAGUUUGGCAUCUUCCGUCCUACUCAACGGUCCAUAGAGAAGCUUUUAAUCUGGCUCAGAUCAUGCAAUUACCCUCCUUCCCAACGGUUUCCCAGGAUUGCCUUCUCCACCCACUUCCACUCACUGUCCGAUAUCUGCUGGAUGCGAACCUCCCAGAUGCCCUUCAUAUUUGGGUCCACAAGGUUAUAAGGGGGGCAGCUAUGGAUGACGAAUCAUAUCUGACCUUUGACCCCAAAAGAGAGAACCCUGGUCUCUUGCGCUAUGAAAUUCAGGCAGCAGCUGUCAUCAUUGUUGCCAUGAAGCUCCUUUUCAAGUUGGAUGAUCAUGUGGAGUGGAAGUUAUCUGAGGAAGCGGCCAAGAAGAAAAAGACAAUCUUCAGGUUAAAAGGCUGGUUUGAGAUAGUACAACCCGUCUUGGAGAAAGCCAGACAGAAUGAGGAACAUGAAGAAGCCCUGCGGCGAUGGAAGCCCACUAAUCCUUUCAUUACAUCUCUGCAACAAAAGAGCUUGAUCCUCAAAAAAAGACGUGUGGCUGACUAUUUGGAGCAGAGAUUUCAUAAGUUAACUGACUCUGGACCAGAGCAACUGCCUUCCACCACAAACCCUUACUCCAGCUUUCGCUUCAGCUGGGGAAAUGAGGAGGGUUCAGAUGGACCCAGUAUGUAUAACAGGCGUUUGGACUGUACCUUUAAGAAAAAUGGUGUCAAGUACCUCGCCAACAGAAAAUACUGGCAUCCUGAAUUGAGGUUAUGCGUUAAGAAGUCAUGCGGUAAUCAUUUCUCAGAAAUGGAGCCCUGGUUACCCAGGAUGUACGUGUGGGUCCUUGAUCUUUUCUCUUUCAUUCUGGGGGUCCGUCAGGCAGAAGUGUACCAAGAGGUCCUCAAUGUUGAGCGUCGCUUCUUGAGCAGAAGUCAUCAGUCUAAGAUUGAAUGGACUUAUUUUUCCCUCACAAAGAAAAAAGGAAAAAAGUCCAAAACUGCAACCCGUGUUGCUAAAGAAAAAAUCACUGAGACCACUGACAGAGUAUGAAAUGUGCACAUCGGUUUCCAAGAACCCUUUUGUUCCCCUUAAUCAAAAUGGCAGCAACCA